AGAACUGCCCACAAAAUGGAUGACGAAGAUAUAAGUGAGAGGAAACUGAAAAUCGCAUCAAUUCUGGAUAGAGUUAAAAAACUGAAAAAAACAGAAGAUACUUUGAAGCAUGGCAGUGAAGAUAAUUGGACGGGUGAAUUGAUAUUUACCAAGUCAUCUGCUGAUACAACAGAACAUUCUGGAGUAUUUAAUCAUCUUCUAACACCAAAAAACCCAGAAGAAUGUCUGAUUUCUCUUCUAAGGUUAGAGAAUAUAGGCCUGCCACAGAUUGACCAUGUACUGCUCAAUAGACUGCUUGACAAUUACAACCAUGCAGUUGAAUCACUUUCUGCAGAAAAUCACAGCCACAAUGAGAGUUAUGCCAAAAUCUUGGUACGAUUUGCAGAACUCAAGGCGGUUCUGGACCCAGAUGAGGCACGUGACCAGUUCCAAAUUGCAAGAUUAAACUGCAAAAAAUUUGCUUUUGUGCACGCUGCUUUUGCUCAGUUUGAGAGUUCAGAAGGCAACUUUAAAAAGAGCAAGCAAAUUCUCCAGAGAGGGAAGGACUGUGGAGCUGUUCCAGCAGAGAUGAUUGAGCUGGCCUUGAAGAACCUGCAAUUAAGGAAACCUCAGCUGAUAUCCGAGGACGAUAAAGAAAAUUUAUCUUUGUCUCUGAGCCAGCAUAAUGGAGAAAAUGGUCCAAGCUGUGCACUUGGGAAGCCGAGGAAAACGAGGAGUGACAGCUCAGGAGAGCUCUCUGUCAACAUGAGAUUUUUAUUUGGAGAAAAGAUUAGCUCCCCUGAAGAUUGCGAUGAGAUGCAGCGAAAACCUUUAGCACAUGCGCCAAAUAAGUUUGGGAGGGUGCUUGUACAGUCUGCAGCUUCUCCAGAUGCUGGAACGACCAAUCACGACGUAUUUCCAACCUCAAGUGUUAAAAGGCAACCCCUUAGCUCUUUGCACAUGCCUGUCGUGCCUUCUUUGUCCAAACACAAAUGUGUAGAAGAUGACAUACAGGCUUCAGGAAACAAGGUUAGUAGCAAUUCAACCAACAUUGCAAGCCCGACAAAUCAGCAAGAGUUUAAUGAGGACAGUGUAGAGAUGAAGACUGCUUCGUCAGUAAUCAUUAGAAGAACGAACCCUAGCAUCACUGUCAGAAGAGAUGAGGAUGUAGAUAUGGAUGAGACUGAUUCUACUACAGCACUAUACAACCCACCGUUUAAUGAACAAGAAUAUCUAGGGCCCCAAAGUGACAACAAAAUAGACACAAAGCAGCCUGAUCCUCCCAAACCCAACAAUGCUGGAAUGGAAUGGAAGUGGAAAAUCCCUGAGAUGCCAAGUGACCUUUUUCAUGGAGAGGGCAAGCGAAUGAGUAUGGAUCCCAGUGUUUUGCCAACUGCCAGAAGAGUAUCUCCGCCAGUGGCAGUAACCAGGUGUGAUCCUGUUUUAGCCUGCAGGACCCCUGCCAAACCACAGGAGGAUUAUAUGAACUGUUUCAGAACUCCUGUGGUGAAAGACCCACUAAGACCCCUUUCCAAGUUUACUACUCCAUGUAACAACCUGCCCAGUUAUAAACUCCCAAAUACACCAGCCAAUCCUGUUUUGCAACCUUCAGCUUUCCCGAUGACUCCGUCAAUUGCAUCUAAUGAGUGUAUUGUAGUCAAAGGAAGAAUUUAUGGUGUUUUAAAACAAAUUGGCACUGGUGGCUCCAGCAAGGUCUUUCAGGUUAUGGAUGAGAAAAAACAUCUGUAUGCUAUAAAGUAUGUGGACCUGGAGGAAGCUGACGAACAGACUAUUGAGAGUUAUCAGAAUGAGAUUUCCCAUUUAAAUAAACUUCAGCAACACUGUGAUAAAAUAAUCCGACUGUAUGAUUAUGAAAUCACAAAGCAACACAUCUACAUGGUUAUGGAGUGUGGCAAUAUUGAUCUCAAUACAUGGCUGAGAAAAAAGAAAACUAUUAAUCCAUGGGAGAGGAAGAGUUAUUGGAAGAACAUGCUGGAAGCCGUUCACACAAUACACCAGCAUGGUAUCGUUCAUAGUGACUUGAAGCCCGCAAACUUUUUGAUUGUUGAUGGCAUGCUGAAACUAAUAGACUUUGGAAUUGCUAACCAAAUACAGCCAGAUGUAACUAGCAUUGUUAAAGAUUCUCAGGUUGGCACAAUCAAUUACAUGCCACCUGAGGCGAUAAAAGAUACCACUUCUUUUGGAGAAAAUGGAAAGCCAAGGUCCAAGAUAAGUCCUAAAGGUGAUGUGUGGUCCUUGGGUUGCAUACUAUAUUGUAUGACUUAUGGGAAGACUCCAUUCCAGCAUAUUACUAAUCAGAUCACUAAAUUGCAUGCAAUCUUGGAUCCAAGCUAUAAAAUAGAGAUACCCGAUAUACCGGAAAAGGACCUCCGGGAUGUACUGAAAAAAUGUUUAAUGAGAAAUCCCAAGGAAAGGAUAUCAAUUGCUGAGCUGUUGGUGCACCCAUAUGUUCAGAUACAAUCUCGGACAGAUCAUAUACGAAAUGAUGCUGCAGAGGAGAUGAAACGAGUUCUUGGACAACUCAUUGGACUGAAUUCGCCAAAUUCUAUAUCCAGAGCUGCGAAGAGUUUGUAUGAACAAUAUAACAGUGGCAAGGGCUUUGAUUUGUCCACGGAUGGCAACCAGACCAGUCAGAACACAUGGACUACUAAGUGAUGUGAAAUGCAAGACAGAGACAUUUAAAAACUUCCAGAACUGCUCAUUGGUUGGAGGUCUGUGCCCAGAUCCCUGUGACCAUUCUAAAAGUGAAGCCUCUACUUUGUUUUCCAGUAUCGCUGGCACUGUUGGCUUGUAAAUAGAAGUGCAUGUGCACAGUGUGUGUAUAGUUUCUGUUCUUUUCAACAAUAUUCCCACUCUUCCUGUACCAAACAUAAAUUCACAGAAGUGAUGAAAAUGAUAUAUUCU